CCACCAUGGCUUCAUUCCCGUUCUCGAAUUCACGCCGUAUUGCCAAACGCCGAGCAUCGUGCAUUUUUCAGCUGAGCGAGGCUGACAUCCAGUUGCUUUCCUUUCUGCUCCGUUCCGUCUUCAAGACGCCUCGCUCGUCCAGCGACGCUUGGGGGAAAAGAAGCGGCCACCGUGAUGGCAGUCCGCCGGCGUCGCGCAGUCAAUCCGCGACAAGAAGUGCAGCCCUGCUUUACAGCCGACCGUCACAGGAGAGGUUCCUUCCGUAACUGCUGCGAUGCAACCCUACUCGUAGUCCUUGCCGUUGCAAGGAGGAGGCUCUUCCGCCUUGUCCCUGCGAUGCCGCGUCACGGUUUUUUCGCGCCUGAGAGGCUGCAGGGAGAGCCUGAUGAGGUGCAUCGUAUCGUUCUUUAGGUUGCGGUGCGGUGCGAGAUGGCCAUCACCGCUCGGAUAGAGGCUCUGACCUGACCUGACCUGACCUGACCUGACCUGACCUGACCUGCCUCUCAAACAUUCGAAGGGCCCGUACUAUGUUUAAACAUGUUUAGCGACGUUGUAUUUGCAAUGUUGCUAAACAUGUUUGAACAUAGUAUACGGAACAAACACUUUUGGGAUGUGACAUUCGCUGAUCUGCUUCGUAGGCAACCUUACUGUGCCGUUCUUUACGUUGCGGUGCGGGCCGAGAUGACCAUCGCGGCACGAAUAAGAGAUUCCCCUUUGUUGACAGCACGAGAUCACAGCAGGAAGCGGCGCUCACCACCGUAGCACAGUAGCUAGCCUGAAGCUCAGGACGAGCCGGUGUUUGUACCCAGAGCGCCUCAAAAGAAGCGGCGCUCACCAGCGCAGUAGCAAGCCUCAGGCUCAGGACAGGCCGGUGGUGUACCCGGAGUUUCCGACUCGGAGUCCCGCGCUGCCGUUUCGCGUGGCCUUCUUCCCUGCCGACGUAUUUAAUCUCUGGAGCACCGCGUUCUCCUCCUGCGCUUCAACUACUGGCCAUCGUCCAAUCGAGCAUGGCUCGAUCGGUCGCCGUCCUCGUCCUAAUCAGCAGCUUGCUCCUCCUCACACCCGGCUGGCUUCAGCAAGCCGAGGCCGCUACCUACACUGUCCCUUGGGAUCUGAUCAGGACGCGAGUGGUGCAGCCCCCCAAUAAGAUAACUAAAGGGGAUAAACUGGUGUUCAAGUGGACGGACUUGGCAUGGCAUGAUCUGUGGAUGGUGGACGAUGAGAAGGCGUUCAACGACUGCGACUUCCAGCGGGCAAAGCGUCUCCGAGAUCUUGUUGUUGGCGGGCAGUACAAGUACAAGGUCACUGCCAUUUGGGAGAACUUUCCGCUUUAUUUCGCCUCUACUACAAAGUGAAGUUGGCAAUCGUGGUUAAAAAUCUUGGAUGAUCUUUGAUUCAUAUGGCAGUAGUACUGUACCUCCAUUGGUCCACAGUAUCAUGUAGAUCAUCUUCCAACUAGAAGCUGUAGGUACACCUUUCACCCUGUUCCAACCAGUCCUUCACUGUCUUGUCGAAAGACUGGAUACUGAAGAUUGUCAGGUAGUGUCAACUCCUACAUAUAUUUGUGUGUAGAAGUUAUAGGCUGGAUAUGUUUGUGUUCUUAGAGGGUACAAUUCCAACCCUAGAUCUCCCUUGUUCUCACUUGUUCCUAGUCAUUCUGCUAUUCGGACAUGGUCCGCCCACCCGCUUCC